AUGACCCAGGUUCAGUUUGAGGCUGCCGUGAAUUACGUGCGAUCGCUUCCGAAGGAUGGCCCCGUGCAGCUGUCCAACGCGGUGAAGUUGGAGUUCUACGCGCUGUUCAAGCAGGCAACGGAGGGACCUGUCACGGGCGCGCAGCCGUGGGCGGUGCAGUUUGAGGCCCGUGCGAAGUGGGAUGCACGCAACGCCAUUGUUGACAUGUCCAAGGAGGAGGCGAUGCAGAAGUACGUGACGCGGCUGGUGGAGGUGACGAAAGAGACCGGACACCCGUGGACACCGCCUCAGUAG